GUAGAGACGGACUCUGCCCUUUGCAGGAUAGUUGUCUUUCGCUACAGCGGGCAUUUCGAGAACGGGGGCAUACCAGUUCGACACAUGGGAAUCAAUCGCGAAGACAUGGACUACAUGGCACGCAUAGCCGGAAGCAAGCACGGCGUGCACGACCAGGAAAAUGUGGACUCCAACGAGGUGGCGAAAUCGCUGGAAGCAGGCAGCCUUGGCGCGGUUGGGUCUCAGAAAAUGGAGAUCGGAGCUGGCCUGACCCCUGCGGAGCGCAAAUCCAUCGAGCAAAAGACUCGGGCCUCCGAGGGCAGAGAAAAGCCCACUCUCUCCAUGCUAGCAGCCAACCGCACAGAUCUAGAUCGGAUGAUGUGCGCUGACGAUCCGUCUCCGCCGCUGACCAUUACCGGUCGCACCCACACCUGCGACCAGAUGUUGAUUCUUUGCAAUAGGCCCGAUGCUCUCGGGAGCAAGGUGAAGUCAUCCUGCCCGUUUACCUGUGGAUUAUGCACGGACAGGGAUGCCUGGACGCCAUGCUUUCCGAAGGCAUGCGCUUCUGGCAGUCCUUGGUUGACGCAGACCUCAGAAGGUACCUUCAAUAUACCCUAUGUCUUCGACGAGAAUGUGGACCGCGUGCGCCGAGACGCCUUCACGCAAGCGACAAAGGCAUGGGAG